AUGAGUAGAAAUGGACUUGAAUAGAUUUGUAAUUAAGCAACUAAUUUUUGGAAAUCAUAGCUUUUACCAUCAAAAAAAUAAGUUGAAGAUGUUUCUACUAAUUUUGGUUCCAAUAUCCUAGUUGAAUACUCUAUUUUUGAAGUUUCUGCUAAAAAAACUGAAGAGUUUCUUUUUCCAUAACCUCCAAUAUCAAGCCAGAUUAAUGAAAAAUGUGAAGAAGAACUUCUUAUUACUUAAAAAUAAAACUCUUCAUAAAUUGAAAUUGACGAGAAUUUUGAAGAGGAGGGAAAUGAAUUAAACUGUUCUGAAAGUUAAAAUAGGAAAAAAGAAAAGAAAAAAUCAAGAACUCGAUCAAAUAAAUCAAGUAAGUAUAUUCAUUAAAAGAUAAGCUAAAUAAAGAUUUACUAUAAGCUAAGAAGCUUUUAUUAUGGAAUAAACCAGAAAAGGAACCAACCUCAAAGAUAUUGUACAAUAAAUUCCUGGUGCAACAGUCAAUUAAAUUAAGAAUCACUUGGUGAAAAAAUUAAAAAUUUAUAGUAAAAAUAACGAUUUUUAAGGACAAGAUAUUGCAGAUAUAAUAGAAAGAAUAUCUAAAUUAUAGUAGUAAUAUAAAUAAUUAAAGUUAGAGAAGAAAACUUAGAUAAUACAACUAAAAUAGAAGAAUUAAGAGAACAUAUCCAAAUAAUAGAGAAUCACUUAGAUUAAACAAAGAAGUUGAUCUUAUAAAAAUAUAUGAUUUUAUUUUAAUAAUAGUAAUGA